AUGUCGCGAUUGUCUUUUAUACAUAAUAUAAAAGCUGUUCAGUUAUUAGAUCAAAAUUUAGAUACAUCCUGUGAUGGUUAUGUAGACUGGGAUGAAUUCUGUACCUAUAUGUUAUUAUUAUACCGAGAAAAUGACUAUAUACGUAGUAAGAAAGAAAUACCAUUUCUACAAGAACCUAAAAUUAGACAUAUAGUACCAAAUAAGCAAGAACAAACUACUAGAAUUUUGUCAAUUGAUAAUCCAACCAGAUUUGUAACGCUAAGUAGAGUCAUAAAAGUUUGGGAUGUAAAAGAACAAACAUGUGUUCAGACAAUAGUAUUAAAAUUUCCAAGCAGUAUACAUGGUCGUAUGCCAGAACAUGGUCAGUUCCCUAUCCACCUUCAACCAAUACCACAUAAUAGUUUACUAGUAACUUGUAAUGACUAUAUUGGUAUGAUGAAAUUAGGUAAAGGUGCUGAACCUCAGAGUGUAAUGCCAUUGACACAUGAUACUCAAUUGUGUUGUGCUAUCUAUAACCAAUUCUUUAAACAGCAGUGUGUGAUAUUGAAACUGGUAAUGAAGCUAUAUUAUAUUAUAGGUAGUAACAAGGUAGUAACAAGGUGUGAUUUGUCCUGUAUAGCAGUGUGUGAUAUUGAAACUGGUAGUAACAAGGUAGUAACAGGAUGUGAUUUGUCCUGUAUAACAGUGUGGGAUAUUGAAACUGGUAGUAACAAGGUAGUAACAGGGUGUGACUCGUCCUGUAUAGCAGUGUGGGAUAUUGAAACUGGUAAUAAAGCAGUAGUAUUUUCCAAUGCCCAUGGUGAAGAAGAGAUAACUACCAUGGUCUUUGAUGAUAAUUGGAGAAGACUAAUCACUGGUGCCAGAAAUGGUAGCAUUAAAGUAUGGAAUUUUCAAAAUGGACACAACCUCCAUAAGCUAGAAGCUGCAGCUGAUGCAGAAGUGACUGGUAUAUUACCUAUUUUAGAUAAACGAGUUAUUAUGGCUGUAGAUGAUGACAUGCAAGUGAAUUUAGAUCAAGAAAACACCACAUUAACAGAAGGUGAUACAGUAAUAUCAGAAUAUGAUGAGCUAUCAGUAGUAGAUGAUGAUGCUACAGAUGGAAGACCUGACACUAUUGAUGUUACACACCCUAAUGCCGAGAUUCGACCACAAACCAUUAGUGUGAGCACCAAAGCUAGAGUAAAAACUUCUGAAUUUCCAAGGGAUAAGAGACUACAGUAUAGAUCUCAGACGUAUCCUACAGGAUUUGAUAAAUCAGAUCCAACUAAGACAUUCCUUGGAAUGAAAGCAGAAAGAGACUUUGCUAGAAAGCAGCAGGAUAGAAAAG